AUGGGAUCUUUUAUCGCUCUUUGGGCAGCCCCGGUGGUGGAGCUGGAUGUGCUGGUACUACUAGAGCAGGAGGUUCUCAUACUUCUGGAGCUAGAGGUACUGGAGGUACUAGAGCUGCUUGUGCUAGAGGUACUGGAGCUACUUGUGCUAGAGGUGCUGGAGCUGGAGAUGCUGGAGGUAGUGGAGCUACUCGUGUUGGAGGUAUUGGAGCUACUGGUGCUAGAGGUGCCGGAGCUAGAGGUUUUGGAGGUACUGUUACUGGAGGUGCUGGAGCUGGAGGUGCUGGAGGUUCUGAAGCUGAAGGUGCUGGAGCUCGAGGCUCUGCCACAGUUACUGCCUGUCUCUCCACUGCCUACUCCUUCUCCCUACCCUGCGCAGACAGGCUACCUGGCAGAGCGUCGUGAGCCUGAGUCUCGUCCUGCCUCACCUGUUCGCACUGUUAUUCGUGCUCGUUGUCCUCGUCCUCCACUUGUCCCCGGCAAGCACACUAUGGCACUUUAUCCUUUCUCUAUUCCACAGCGUGUUGCUCUGCCAUCUCCUCCGGCGUCCUUUCUUCCUGACGUUCCUGACCCCGAGUCCGACCUUGCACAUGCUUCUAGUCCUACUGUCACGCGCUUCUUGGCAAUGCUUGUCACCGAACCUUCCUUUGAGUCUGCUGCUGCGACUGCCUUAGUUACUGAGCUCGUUGACUUGGCUGCUACCUGUCGUCUCGACUACUUCGCGAGUCUUGAUACUGAGUCUGAGUCCGACUAUCCUCCGUCCGUCGGGGGUGAGCUUGCCCUUGGCAAUGACGUCCAUAAGGAUAUGCAUUUUGAGCUUGAGUGCCUCGCGGCCGUUUCACCUCAUCUCGCGUCCAUGUUGGUUUGCCCUAAGGAAGACCCGGAUGCACUUGAUAUCUCUACCCCUCGCUGUUCCGCAAAGGCGAUCACGAGUGAGUACUCCUCUUAG